UGGUCACGUGAUGCAUCGCCCGCGGCCGUUGAACGUGUUUCUUCGUGUGGCAACGAACUCCGACAAACCACGCCGUUAAACCCUGCUCCUGGGCCAUCUUCAGCUCCAGAUCCACUGCCGGUGCCUUUCACCGAGGAAUCACAAGAUAAGUCGCUAGAUGAUGACAUUCUUUGCCUUCUGGGUGAUGCUCCCAUGCCCGAAACAAUUUAUGGAAAAAAUGUGCACAAGGAUAUCGCGAGUAGAUGGCAAGAGAUUCUGAAUAAGGGUUUACCAAAAGAAACAAAAGAUAAACUUUUAAAAGAGUAUUUGGUGCCUGCAAAUUGCGAUUUCCUGGUACCUCCAACCUUAAACCCGGAAAUUAAAGCCGCUUUAGGGGAGCUUAUGAUUAAACGGGAUUAUGUUUUGUCCGAAAAACAGAAACAAAUAGGUGUAGCUUUAGCUGCGUUAGCUCAGGUCACAGAACUAUUAGUUUCAAAAGAAACUUCUGUGCAGAAAAUUUUGAAACCACUUAGUGAUGCAAGUCGCCUUUUAUGCGAUGCUCACUUUGCAGAAACAAAAACACGAAGAAAUUUCGUUAUUUCCGCUAUUAAACCCGAAAUGAAGGACACAUUAGUUCAGAGUGCAAGAACUAACUUUCUAUUCGGAGACAACGUAGGUGAAAAGUUAAAGACAGCAACAACAAUCCAAAAAUCAGGAGAAAAUUUGAGACCUCAGCAAAAACCUAAAUUCCACAAAAGCAAUUUUAUUAACAGAAAUAAUUCUAAACCCAGGUUAAACCAGAAAGCCCUGCAUCCGAAAGCUGCGGGAAGAACCGAUGCGGGGCGAGGUCGCUUUACAACAAAUCGGACCCGCACAUUCGAAACCACUCGCCACAGCAACAACGACCGCUCGCCGUCGCCACGACGCCUUCGCAGUCGCCCUACUGCUCGGACCCGCAGGGAUUAAUAGCCGAUUACGAGGUACAGUACGCAGGAUACUCCACAACCUACAUCAGAGUCUUCAGUUAGUUGCCGUGAAGUUGUCCGGCAAGCGUUAAUUAAGAAAUCAUUAUCUUAUAAAUCAAUUGACAUAAUGCUUAAUUCACUUUCAGACAAUACAUAUAAACAGUACGACUGUUGUAUCAGGGCAUGGGUUAGGUAUUGUAAUAUUCAUAAUUAUGAUUACGACAAUUCCUCUGUUCAUAUUAACAUUGCUUUUUUAACGGAAGUUUUUGAAAGUGGAGCACAAUAUGACACAAUACACUCUUACAAGUCUGCCUUGUCUUUACUAUUAGGUCAUAAUUUAUUAAAUAAUAAUGAUGUCUGUCGUUUCAUGAAGGGAGUUUUCAGGCUGAGACCUACAAAACCUAAAUAUGAUCUUACUUGGGACCCAGCUGUUGUCUUAAAUUAUUUAGCGCUACAAUGGCCUAAUGAAGACCUCAGCCUGGAAAAUCUCUCCAAGAAAACACUGACUUUACUGGCGCUGGUAACUGCUCAUCGUGUACAAACGUUUUCAUUGAUUAAAAUCUCAAAUAUAGACCUGUCAAACUUACAUCAAAUUAUCAUCAAAAUACCCGAUUUAAUAAAAACGUCAAAGCCUAAUUCUUUUCAGCCUGUUCUUAAAUUACCGUAUUAUAAUGAUAGACCAGAAAUAUGUCCCGCAAGGUGUAUAAAAGAAUAUAUAAAUAAAACAAGUUGUUUACGCAGUAACAAUAAUGAUAAUUUAUUUAUUAGUUACAGACGGCCACACAGCAAAAUAUCUGCUCAGAGACUUAGUCACUGGGUAAAAGAUUGUUUAAAAAAUAGUGGUGUAGAUACUUCUGUUUUUAGUGCUCAUAGUACACGUCAUGCAUCAACUUCAGCGGCCGGAAAACUUGGUGUUUCUAUAGAAACGAUUAAAAAGACUGCUGGAUGGAGCCAGUCUUCUCUUGUAUUUGCACGUUUUUAUAAUAGAAAUAUAAAUGUAAAUAAUGAUGAUUUUGCACGAGCUGUAUUAUCUUCCAUUUAGAUAAAUGUCAACAUUUUUGUAAUUUAUAAAUUAAAUAAUUUAUGUUACUAUCA